AGUUGAUAAUUGUUUCACCUCUAGCAUCGUAUGCAAAAUAAAAAUAUAAUGGGAAUAAAUUAAUAGAAAACCUCCCGUGAAAUGCGAUCAUCUAGCCAUUGAUCCUAGAUCUUGCAUUUCGUAAACAGUGAGUGAGUCGCGUGGAAGGCAAAGGUCGUGGAGCCCCGAGCACUGAAUUGUGUAGGAAUUGUCGUCCUGUUUAUCCACUGCAAUGAUGCCCUAUAAUGUGCGAAAUGCCGGCGGCGGAAGCGUUGGCGGAAUACUUCGGCGUACAGGCCAAGGAACCGGACCCACGGCCAUAAGUAAUGGAAGCAGUACUGGAGGCUCGGGAGUCGGUGGUGGGACCUCCACAAACGUGGAAAACCACCGACAAACACCAUUGGAACUGCUUGUUUUUGGUUACGCCUGCAAGAUUUUUCGAGAUGACGAAAAGGCACGGGAAAUGGACCACGGCAAGCAGCUAAUUCCCUGGAUGGGCGAUGUAAAUCUCAAAAUAGACAGAUACGACGUACGCGGUGCCCUCUGCGAACUUGCUCCUCAUGAGGUGCCGCCGGGCGGAUAUGGCAACAGAUUGGAGUACUUAAGCGCCGAGGAACAGCGUGCCGAGCAACUUUGCGAGGAGGAGCGUUACCUGUUCCUUUACAACAAUGAAGAGGAGCUGCGACUGCGACAAGAGGAGGACCUUAAGCGGCUGCAGCAGGAAACCUCCGGUGGCAGCUACAGUCAGGUGGGCUUCCAGUACGAUGGACAGUCGGCAGCCUCGGCUUCGUUCACCGGAUCUUCCACGGCGCCCUCACAGCUGUCGCCGGCUUCCGAAGAAAGCGAGUUGCCUUUCGUCCUGCCCUACACCCUUAUGAUGGUACCUCCAUUGGGCAUGCAGCUGCCGGAAACGAUGAAACAGCACGCCAUUAUCGAGAAGACUGCUCGCUUCAUCGCCACCCAGGGCGCCCAGAUGGAGAUCCUGAUUAAGGCGAAGCAGGCGAAUAACACGCAGUUCGACUUUCUUACGCAAGGUGGUUACUUGCAGCCGUACUACCGUCACCUUUUGGCCGCAAUAAAGGCUUCGAAGUUUGCGCCCGCUCCGGAAACUCCGUUGGAUCAGAAGGAUCCCGACCAGGAGUCGCAAUCAACAGACUCACACAGUGAGGACGGCGCGGGUGGAAAGAGGAACACAAACCAAGUGGUCAUCACGGUGCCCACUAUCAAGUACAAACCCUCAGCCAACUGCGCCUACACCCAGUUAAUCAGCAAGAUCAAGGGUGUGCCCCUGCAAGCGGUCUUGCUGGAGGAUGAGUCUAGUAACCCAGGAAAUUCCCAACACUCGGGGGGAACGAAUUCGCCCACGCCCAGCUGCCGAUCAGACGGACACAACAGUCAGGGAGGGGAAUUCACGCCUGUCCUGCUCCAGUACAAUGGAAGUACCUUCACCCACGAAGAGGAAACAACUGUUCAGGAACAGCAGGAUGAGAACGAGGCCGAUAAUGCCGAGCCGCCCCAAGUGGAGCUGCUUAAGAAUACAAGUGCUUUGGCCCUGGCCCAAAACUACAGUUCUGAAAGUGAGGAGGAGGAUGAAGUUCAUCCAGAAAAGAAGCCAGAUAUAAAACCUGAACCCGUGCUGAAGUUCCCCGUUCCAGAGGAGAGCCUACGGCACAUAAUUGACAAGACGGCCACGUACGUGAUCAAGAACGGGCGCCAGUUUGAGGAGACUCUGCGAACGAAGAGCGUGGAGCGGUUUAGUUUCUUGCUGCCGGCCAACGAAUUUUAUGCGUACUACUUGUACAAAGUGACAGGCGAUGUCGAUGCGGCUUCAAAAGAGGAAAAGACACGGAAAGCGGCGGCCGUAGCUGCCGCCUUGAUGUCGAAGAAGGGCCUCAGUUUUGGCGGAGCGGCAGCUGCUGUGGCUGGGAACAAUUUGGAUAAGACAACUGUAAGUUUCUCUAUUCGCGCUCGGGAUGAGCAUGUUCCUUUACAACCCACUCUUCUGCAGGAGGCCAGCGACGAGGAGGCCAGUUUGACUGCCGGCGCAGAGCAAGUACGUCCCGGCAUGCCAGAUAGUGUGCAGCGGGCGAUCAAGCAGGUGGAGACCCAGUUGUUGGCGAGGACCGCCGGUCAAAAGGCAGGAGGCAAUAGCUCCGCGGCUUCUUUCGCUUCGCCACAUAAGGAGCAGCGUCAAGCUGAAGAGCGAGUAAAGGACAAGCUGGCGCAGAUUGCCCGCGAGAAGCUGAACGGAAUGAUUUCCCGUGAAAAACAGUUGCAGCUGGAGCGGAAGCGCAAGGCCAUGGCCUUUCUAAAUCAAAUAAAAGGUGAAGGUGCCACUGUGUCAUCCACGGUACCCGGUGCUGUUGUGAAUGCUUCAGAGCCUCCAACAAGGGCUUCCCGAUCCACUGCCGCCGAUAGUGACGAAGAUUCUAAUGAAUCGGUCCGUUCUAUACCCAUCACUUACUUUGGACCGGACGAUGAUGACGAAGUGGGAGAUCAGAAGCCCGAGGUGAGACCUGAUAAAGAAGCGCAUGGGGAUGAAGAGGACGACGACGAAGAGGAUGGUGGCGAUCUGGAGAAGUACAAUCUGCUGAAUGAUGAUAGCACAAAUACCUUCACCAGCAAACCCGUACUCCCUCCCGUGGUUCUUCCUCCUCCUGCCGUUCUUCUUUCGGACGACGACGACGUUCAGCUAGUGGCCACAUCCUCCUCGCGAUCCUCUGUUUCGCGCCACCGAAAAACCCACCGCCGGAGUCGCAGCCGAGAUGGUAGGAGUAGUCCCAGUAGCGCUUCCAGUCGAGAAUCCUCCCACCAAAGGCGGCAAAACAGAAGCAAUUUUUCCAAGGGCUCAACGUCUAUUCCGACCAGAAAAACUCAGCAGCAGAUUACGCAGCGAAGAAAGAGCCCUAGAAAAAGGAGACGGAGCAAGAGUAGAAGCCGCUCUAGAAGUAUCCGGCGGAGUAGAAGCAGAAGCAUAUCACGGACCAAGCGGCGAAGCCGUUCGCGGAGUUUCUCCAGCAGUCGAGAUGCGGGACAGCGACGGCAGCAGCCACGACGACACACUCCCAACAAGAGGACACACAAGCGACAUAAGCGACGCAGGCGAAGUAGCUCCCACUGAUAAUACCCCUGCUCACGUCGUCCACACCCACAUUUCAAAGUUUUUUGUAGUUAACAAAGUGUAUCAAAUAAACCACCAACAUAUUUUUAUAAA